AUGAGUCGACAAAUUGGUUUUAAAGUAUAUAAUUAUUUGCUCGGUUAUGAAUUAAGUAAUUUAAGUGAUUAUAAAUUACCUUCGUAUCGUGAUGCGAUAAAUUUAUUCAUGUAUAAGCACCGUUAUCUUCAACUCACUAUUCGACAGAGUUCAAAAGAAGUUAUUGAUGAUAUUAAUCAUAUUUGGAUAACGCAAAAUCAAAAUGUUGAAAACUUUGUUACAAAUUUGGAUAAAUUAUUCGAUAUUGCUGACAAUAAUAAGAUAGAAAAUCUAUCAGAUGACUGUCACGAAUUUCUGACAAAAAAUCGUGAGAAAGGAAGCUACAGAUGUUCAUAUUUAGAUGACCAAUCGCAAAAUGAACUUUUGAUUGCUAAUAAUGACAUAAUUGAAGAGAAAAAUAAUGAAAAUGACUUUGAUGACUAUAAAAAUGUCUUGAGUCAAAAGUUAUCUCAGUCUUCUGUAUCAAACAGCAGGUGUAGCCAAUUGUCAAAUCUUGGUGAACUGAAGCGCAGCCAAUCAGACUUUGAAGAUGAGCUACCUAAAGCUAAAUUAAGAAAAAUCGAUGUUAUGACUCCUGAAUUAGUAUCAGCAUUAGAUCGAACGAAAACUAGUGAUAGGAAUGCGAUGUACAUAAUUUCUGCUGUCAUUACUAGUCUUGGAUUUGAUAUCGAUAAGUACAACUUGAGCUACACUACAAUCCGAAAUGCUCGUAUUUCGAUGAGAGAAGAGAUUGCUGAAACGUUGAAGGAUGAUAUUCGUGAUAAUACGCAGGGUCUUGUUGUUCACUGGGAUGGAAAAUUGUUACCUACACUUAUAAAUACAUUAAAAGUAGAAAGGCUGCCUAUAAUUGUUUCAGGACAAAAUAUUGAACAGCUUCUUGGAGUUCCGAUAGUUGAAGAAGCAACUGGAAUUAAUCAGGCUGAAAUAAUCUACAAAGUUUUAAAUGAGUGGAAUAUUUCGAGUCGUAUCAAAGCGAUGUGCUUCGAUACGACCGCUGUAAAUACUGGUGUUAACGCAGGUGUUUGUACAGUAUUAGAAAAAAAAUUAGGAAAAAAUUUACUCCGAUUAGCAUGUCGACAUCAUGUUUAUGAAGUAGUUUUAAAAAAUGUCGCGGAGAUUGCUUGGCCAGUAACAAAUGGCCCCAAUGUACCAAUUUUCAAUAGGUUUCGAAAUAAUUGGAGUAUGAUUGAUACCACCAAUUAUGAAAUUGGUAUUGAAGAUGAGGCAAUAAAAAAUAUUUUAUUCGAAAAAAAAGAUGAGAUACUUAUUUUUAUAGAAGAUCAGUUUGAGAAUCGUCACCCAAGAGAUGACUAUCGAGAAUUUUUGGAACUUAGUUACAUAUUUUUAGGUGGUAUACCUAAAAGCGGUGUCAAAUUUAAAGCUCCUGGAGCCAUGCAUCACGCCAGAUGGCUUUCAAAAGCGCUGUAUUGCUUGAAAAUAUUUAUGUUUAAAAAACAAUUUUUCGUGAAAACCUCAGAAAUGAAUGCGUUACCGCCAAAUGCGAUAAAAGCUCCCUAUUGCGAUUUGGAGUUAUUAAAAAAUUUAAUUGAAUUUAAAAAAAUGUAUCCCCAAGUGGCACAAGCAGCGUUAAUAAAGCUAUCAGGACAUCUGUGGUACUUACAUGAGAAUUUAGCUGUGUUAGCUCUGUUUGACCCUGCAGUAUCACGGGAAGAAAAAUUAAAGAUGGUAGAUGCCAUUAAAAAUAAAAAAUCUACAUCUCGUGAGAGUAAACGAUUCACUGUACAUAAGAGUCAAAUAGACUUGGUAGCGACAAAAUGUAUCAGUGAUUUCGAACAGCCUCUGUAG